GGGGAAAUUGCACCGUGCACUCGCCUUAACGCCAGCUUUCCCAAAUGCGAGAUGAUUACUCGGCGAUAAGUUGGCUACCUUGUUGUUUAUGUACCGGCCGGAUGACAGCGUCAAGGCAGGCGUCUGCAAGCGAUCCGAAAUUUUGAAACUAUCAAUUUCAGGCUCAGUCAGAGACGGCGGUUAACCUCUCUAGGAAGGCUCUGCGACGGCGUAGCUAUCGUUAUUCGAAAAGUCAUCGCUGAAAAGAGCGGAUCCAGGGGAGAGCGAUCUUCUUCGGCGGAAUGGCCGGGAUUGUUCAGUACGUGGUGGUGCGCGGGGAUCUCUCCAAGGUGAUGAGCUGGCCGCUGGGCGCGGUGGUCGCACAAGCGUGUCACGCGUGCACCGCUGUGAUCCAUCUCUUUUACAACGACACCCACACGCAGGCCUAUCUCGCCGACUUAGACAAUAUGCACAAGGUGGUGCUCGAAGCCGCCGAUGAAGCCAGUCUGCGAACGCUGUGCGCGAAACUCAAGGAGAACGACAUCCAGCACAAACUGUGGAUAGAGCAGCCCGAGAACGUCGCAACGUGCCUGGUGACGAAGCCCUACCCCAAGGACGAGGUGCAGUCGUACUUCAAGGGGUACAAGUUGCUCAAGACGUGACGGUGACGGCGCAUGUAAACGAGCAAUAAAUAUUCCCUUUGCGAUCAAGA